CCGGAGUAUUUUUUUAUUUAGUCAUUAUAGGUGUAGUGCCGAUUAUAUAUGGAGUACAUAAUGUUAUAUUAAUUUUCUUCAUCUCAAAGCUACUCUGAAGAUGGAGCUCAACGUUAUGCCAAAUGACUGGUACAUAAUCAAUAUUGGACAGAUUGGAUAUUAUAGAGUUCAUUACGUUGACAAUAAUUGGGAAUUACUGAUAGAUGAAUUACUCAAAAACUAUAGGAGUAUUCCAGAUUCUGCACGUCCACAGAUCAUCGGUGAUUUAUUCCAUCUCGCAAAUCAUGGUAACGUAUCAUUCACUACUUUCCUGAACUUGACGAAAUAUUUGAGCCAAGAAACGCAAUAUGUGCCUUGGACAACUGCCGGAAGAGCUCUUCUCUAUCUUGACCGUAUGCUUCUUUUGGAUGAGAAUUACGGAGAUUAUCAAGCAUAUGUACGUCUCCUUGUAAAUGCAGCUGUGAGAGACGUUGAUUGGAUAACUAUGAGAGAAGAUCGCAAUGAAGAGAAACAUUUGUUACGCGGAACCUUGGGGGAAAUUGCUUGUCAUGUUGAACAUGAAUUAUGUUUACUCACUGCUAGAGUGUUAUUCACACUAUGGAUGUCGGAACCUGUGACGAAUCCCAUACCGCCUGGUUUGAGAUCAGUCGUCUACUGUACAGCUAUCCGAUUUGGUGGGCAAGCAGAAUGGAAAUUUCUCAGAAGUCAGUACAAUGUUAAUGAGACGGAAGAUGUUGAAAAAGAAAAUAUCUUGACGGGAUUAUCUUGUUCUCGUGAUAUAUGGACGAUGAAACUAUACUUUGAUUGGAUUAAACAAGACAAACAAUACUGGUCAGCGAUUCCUGAAUUCGCAGUAUCUCCAAUCGGUAACAGAAUGUUGUGGGACUAUGUGCAUGAAGCGGUCAAAUCUUUGAAAACUGGCAUGGAAAAUUCAACACGUUCCCCAACUGAUAUUGAUGAAUUCACCAAAGAAGUGAUCCAGAGUCUUUCUAAUCCAUAUUACAGCUUGAAUAACAGAAAUGAUGGGGAAAAGAUACUGAGAACAGAGGCUGAUUGGCUACAGUUACCACAGAAUCAUACACUCAAAGGGGAACUGAAGAACUUGCUAACUACCUCGAAGCGAAAUUUGAAAUGGCUUGACACCCACCUCCAGACAAUUGUACAAUGGUUGAAAGAAAACGUUCCUCGUACAGCACAAGAGGUCUAGAAAUGUUACUCAGUGUGGAGAAAAUCGUCCCUGAUUCCUAUCUGAACCAUAUAACGUGAAUCGAAAUUCUGCUGUUCCCAAGAUCUCUUUUAACUAAUUUUUUAUUUGAGUU